CAACUUUCCACGUCUCGAGAAUUUGAUUUUAGCAAACAACUUCGGAAUGGCUUCAAGAUUGUUUCUGCAACGAACAUUACCCGCUUUUCAACGGGCUGCCUUUGUGCGAACGGCCGCACCAAUUAACCGCUGCUUCUCUUCAACUCCCAGAAGUUUGAAUAAUGCUGAACCCCCCAAGAGAACCCCUCCUGAGCAAAAAGCUGCUCAAAUUAUCAAUGCUGCUCCUUCUACCUCCAUGUUGACAAAAUCUGGUGUUCUUACUGUUACUGCUGCCGCUCUUGCUACUGCUAUCUCCAAGGGCAUUUACGUUGUUAACGAAGAAACCAUUGUCGUUGCUUCUUUCCUUGGUCUCUUAGGUGUCUUUGGUACCCUCGGCCGCAAGGCAUACAAUGAGUGGUCCGACAAGACAAUCAAUAACAUCGCCAACAUCUUGGAAACUUCCCGUCAAGGCCAUAAAGGUGCUAUCCAAGAACGCAUUCAACAAGUCACUGGUCUCCAGGACGUCGAAGACGUCACCAAGGUUUUGUUCACUACUUCCAAGGAGACUGCUCGUAUGGAAGCCGAGAUUUUCGAACUUGAGCAACAAGUUGCUUUAGCUCAACAAGCAAAGUCUGUCUUGGAAAGCUGGGUCCACCACGAGGCUUCGAUUCGCGCAGACCAACAACGACGUUUGGUAUCUGAUGUUUUAGGUCGUGUCGACAGCAAGAUCUUGACUCAAAAGUUCCAGCAAGAAGCUUUGAAUGAGAGCAUUGGUGAGGUUGAAAAGGUUUUGGCUACUGCCUAAAGUUUCCAUUUUGCAGAUCAAUAAGCCGUCUUAAUUCGAUUGAAUCUUUCUCUCCUUUGCUCGAGUUAGCUGGCUUUCAUUACGAUCAUCGAAACUUCACUUUGCUUUUGCAAUGGAUCUUCGAAUGAUAACUUUUACUUAACCCCCUUCUCUUUCGUCUUUGGCCAGUCGCUAAUAAUAUUUACUAUUAUGAAAUGAUUUCUACAUAUCAUAGAGAUCCUAUUUGUAGUCUCACCUGUAAUUUUUUUUUAAUAUUUAAUAGCAUUUAAAAAGGAACACAAAUGAAAUAUUAAUUAAUCAACCUCA